AUGGCCAUCGGUGGCCUGGCGGAGGAUAGCGUCUUCGCAGACCACGAUACUGUCAAGAGACCCUCGGUCGCCGCCGCAGAGGCUGGGCCCGCGACGGAGAAGUUUGAUCGCCUCGCCUUUCGCAACAUGACUAGUAUCGCGCAAGGCCUGAAUCCCCGACCUAACGCCCGCGCUCGUUGGCAGCGCAAGAUGAUCAUCCGCCACGUGCGUCGCGGCGGUAGAUUGACCAAGGAGAUGCGGAUUGCCAGGACCGAGAGGAACCAUACAUCGAGGUCACAUUUCUUCAAGACGAGCAUGAAAAAGUUAAUGCCUCUGGCACGCCAGAUUGCAGGCAAGAGCAUCGAUGAAGCAAUUUUGCAGAUGCGUUUCUCCAAGAAAAAGGUCGCUCAAGAAGUGAGGGAGCAUCUGAUUCAGGCGCGCAACGAGGCUAUUGUGAUGAAGGGCAUGGGCCAGAAUUCUCGUGCAGACCCGAACAAGACUCUACCUAUCUCACCUACACUAAAGAAGGGUGAGGCUGCAAGCGAAACCGACAUCUACGUUGCGCAGUCGUGGAUCAAUCGCGGACCAUACGGCAAGCAACCAGAAUUCCGCGCAAGAGGUCGUAUCAACAUGUUGAGGCCGCCGCAUACGGGUAUCAGCGUGAUGCUAAAGGAGGAAAGAACGAGGACGCGAGAGAAGGCCGAGAAGGAGGUCAGAGCCAUCAAGAGGCGACUUGGCAAAGGCAUGUGGACGCAGUUGCCAGAUCGGCCUGUUACCAAUCAGAGCCAGUAUGUUCUGUGGUAG